AUGGGGAGUCUUCUCACAAUCUUAAUGCUAAUAGCAACCUUAGGGAGUCUAGCGACCCAUGCCGACGGCCGUGUCAUAGCCAUGCCAGGGGCAGGGGCCUCUACUGGACUCAAACUUCCCAAAUCAUUUCAAUCAGUACAAGAUCGGUUCUCGAACCUGAAUAUUGACGACCAUUUUGUUAUCCAUUUCUACGUCCACGAGACAGUAAGUGGCGAAAAUCGAACUGCAUGGCCCGUGGCCACAUCCAAUAUCACUGAUCCACCAACGUUUUUCGGUCUAACUCAAGUGGUCGAUCACCUGUUGACGUUCGAGCCUGAUGAGGACUCACCUGCUGGCCGACUUCAGGGGACGCGCACGUUUACUGAUUUACAUCAACCUGCCUUGAGCGUGAACUUGCAUUUUCUUAACGAUUGGGGUCCAUUUAGAGAAGUGAUCAGUGUUCAGGGUCGAUUCUCCGUGUUUGAUAAGGUCAGAGAGCUGAGCGUAGUUGGUGGUACUGGAAUCUUCACCAUGGCUCGAGGCUAUGCUCUGUCCGCUCCUUAUACAGUCAAUCUUGGCAGUGGAAUUAUUGUGGACGAGUAUGUUCUGAUUUUCCGUCGCGAAGGAUGA